UAUAUUAAUAAAAAAAAAACAUAACCUAUUCAUUCUUCUGUAAAAUAAUGUUAUUUAUUUAUUGUUUCAAUAAUAAAAGUUAAUGUUUAAUUAAUGAGACGGUUUACAUUAUACAAAGCGUAAAUCAAUAAUUUUUAUGUGCAUAAUGGCUUCCAUAUUAACUAAUGCUAUGAAAAGGUUAAAUAUUUCAUUACUUCCUCAGAUUAGAGCUGUUCCCUCGAAUACAUUAACAAAUGAUAGUAGUUCUUUACUCAUUACAAAGAAAGAUUGGAAAUUCCCGCCCACUUAUACUAAACCUCGAGAAGUAUGGAUCGAAAAUAUAGAUACAAUUGAAGAGAAAAAAGUAGGUUUAUUCGAGCUGCAUCCACAGGUUUACGCUGAUAUGCCAAGGAUUGACAUAAUACACCAAAACGUAACAUGGCAGAAGAAAUAUAGAUGGGUUUCGUGGGCUCAUACCAAAACCCGAGCAGAAGUUCGAGGUGGAGGCAGGAAACCAUGGCCCCAGAAGGGACUGGGUCGUGCCCGACAUGGAUCCAUUAGGUCUCCGCUUUGGCGGGGUGGUGGCAUCGCUCAUGGCCCACGUUCUGGUAAAACCCAUUUCUUCAUGUUGCCAUUCCAUCUCCGGAUAUAUGGAUUAACAUCAACAUUAUCAUCAAAACUGGCACAAGAUGAUUUACAUGUUGUUAAAAAUUUAGAACUCCCUACAGAUGAGCCUGAAUAUUUAAAUGAACUGAUAGAGAAGAGAAAUUGGGGUCCAUCUGUUCUGAUAGUUGAUGAUACAGAUUUUGCACCUCGGAACUUAACAGUGGCUGCAGAUGCUAUACAGCAUGUAAAUAUUAUGCCCGUGUAUGGAUUGAAUGUAUACUCUAUGCUAAAACAUGACACAUUGAUCCUCACAGUAGCAGCUGCAGAGAAAAUAGAGGAGAGGAUUUUACAUCACCUCCAUUCUGAUACCCAACAACAAGAAGCUAAAUUCAGACUAGAUCAAGUUUAAAAUGUGUAACAUUAGUACUGUAAAUAGUUAUACUUUAAUUUUAAAAUAAAAAAUAU